AUUGCCUUCUUAUUCAUAAUUCUAAUUCAAUGCCAAUGUCUGAAACACAGAACAAGCUAACCGGAGUUUACUAGGGUUUCAAGUGUCAAAAAUGGCUUUGAACUACAAUGGAGGCGCCUCUUCGUCUUCGUCGACUUCUUUUUCACGUCCUCGGUGGAAAUACGAUGUUUUUGUUAGUUUUAGAGGAGAAGACACUCGCAAAAACUUCACUGAUCAUUUAUGCAGAGCUUUGGACCAAAAGGGUAUGAUCAUUUUUAGAGAUGAUGUCAAGCUUGAGAGGGGCAAGUCCAUUGCGCCAGAGCUUGUUAAAGCCAUUGAAGAAUCAAGAUUUUCUGUUAUUGUUUUUUCAAGAAACUAUGCGACGUCGUCCUGGUGUUUGGACGAACUUGCGAAGAUUGUUGAGUGCAUGAAAGAGAUGGGGCAAACCGUUGUCCCCGUUUUCUAUGAUGUGGAUCCAAGUGAUGUUCGUAAACAGACCGGGAGCUUUGGGGAGGCCUUUCGUAAACAUGAAGAAGCUGAUUUUGGAGAUGAGACGUUGCAGAAAUGGAGAGAUGCUUUGGCUGGUGUGGCUAAUUUAUCUGGUUGGCAUUUGCAGGAUAGGCAUGAGGCAACAUUUAUCCAAGAGAUUGUUGAAGAAAUAUGGACUCAGUUGAGGCAGUCAUUCUCAUAUGUUGCGAAGGGCUUGGUUGGAAUAGAUUCACGAUUGCAAGAAAUAGAUUGUUGUUUAGGUAUGGGGUUGACCGAUGUUCGCAUUAUAGGGAUUUGCGGGAUGGGUGGCAUUGGUAAAACAACUGUUGCUAAGUUCAUUUAUGACAGCUUUUCCUAUAAAUUUGAAGGUAGCAGCUUUGUCAGAAAUAUUAGAGAGAUAUCUGAAAAAUUUGGUUCAGUUGCUUUACAAGAGCAACUUCUUUCUCAAACUCUAGGGCAAAAAAAUUUGAAUCUAUUGGACAUUCAACGAGAAAUGUAUUGUAGGCUGCAAAAUAAAAGAGUUCUUGUUGUUCUUGAUGAUGUAAAUGAACUAGAACAGCUAGAAGCAUUAGCAGGUGACCGUGAAUGGUUUGGUCCUGGAAGUAGAAUCAUUAUAACCACUAGAGAUGAGCAUCUUCUGAUCGCCCAUCGUGUGGAUAAAAUAUACAGGGCCAAGAGUUUAAAUUCCAAGGAAGCCCUUCAACUUUUUAGUCUGAAAGCUUUUAAGCAAAAGCAUCCUUCUGAAAAAUAUGUAGACCUGUCUAGGGAAAUUGUAAACUAUGCUAACGGUCUUCCAUUAGCUCUUGUAGUUCUGGGCUCUGAUCUCUGUGGUAGAAGUGAAAAUGAGUGGAGAAGUGCACUCGAAAAGCUUAAAGAAAUUCCUAACCAGAAAAUUUUUGGUGUACUCAAAAUAAGUUAUGAUGGCCUGGAUGAAACAGAGAAGAACAUUUUCCUUGAUAUUGCGUGUUUCUUUCAUUUGAGGAGAGUAGCCCGAGUGACUGAAAUAUUACGGGCUUGUGAUUUUCACCCAGAAAUCGAACUUCGAAAACUUGCUGACAAAUCUCUCAUAUCAAUUGACAAUAUUAAUGAUAGAUUAUAUGUCCACAGUUUGUUAAAAGAAAUGGCUCAGGCAAUUGUUCACCAAGAAUCUCCCAAAGAUCCUGGCAGACGCAGUAGGUUAUGGCUUUACAAUGAUAUCCGUCAUGUACUUGAAAAGAAAAAGGGAAUGGAAGCAGUUGAGGUCAUACACCGAGAUUCAUCUGAAUUACAAUUGAUAUCUGUGGACAAGGACGCAUUUGUAGGGAUGAAUAAUCUGAGGCUGCUUAAAAUAAAUGAUGUUGUUCUCCCUAAAGGGCUUGAAUUUCUUCCCAAUGAAUUACGGAUUCUUAAAUGGCAUGGAUACCCUCUAAAGUCAUUGACAUCAGGUUUCAAAGCUGAGAAACUUGUUGAACUUGAUUUGUCACAUAGUGGCAUUGAACAAAUUUGGAAGGAUUUGGUGCAUCUGGAUAAAUUGAAAAUCUGCAAACUAAGUCACUCAAAAAAGCUUAUCAGAACUCCAGAUUUCAGAGGAGUUCCAAAUCUUGAGAGGAUUAUUCUUGAAGGUUGUACAAAUUUAUAUGAGCUUCAUCCUUCUAUUGGUAACCUCGAAAAGCUUCAUGUAUUAAAUCUGAAGGACUGCAGAAACCUGCCAAGUCUUCCCAGAGUAAUCUCUGGAUGGAGAUCUCUUAAAGUUCUUUUGCUCCUUGGCUGCUCAAAAAUUGAGAAAUUACCGGAGAACUUGGGGGAUUUUCAAUGUUUGGAAGAGCUUGAUGCUGGUAAAACUUCUGUUACAGGGGCACCUUCAUCCAUUGUAAGUUUAAAGAACCUUAAAAGGCUGUCGUUUAAAGGAUGCAAGGGACAAGUUCGCUCACAUUGGGACUGGUUCAGGCGCCUGUUGCCAGCAAUAGGCCAAAUCUCCAUGAGUUUUUCAUUUCCUUCCCUUGCAGGGUUAUUGCCAUUGACCGAACUUGAUUUAAGUUACUGUAAUCUCUCUGAAGAUAGCAUCCCAAGUGGUCUUGGCCAGUUAUGUGCAUUGAAGAAAUUAAAUCUCAGUGGGAACAAUUUUGUUAGCUUACCCACAGGCACUAAUCAACUUGAUAAGUUGCAGAUUCUCAAAUUGGCAGAUUGCCAGAACCUUCAAGCUCUGACAGAACUUCCAUCAAGGAUAGAAAUUCUAAGAACAUAUAACUGCCCAUCAUUGGAAAACUUGAGUGGUCCUUCAAGAUUAAGUAUGUCAAACUUUCGGGAAUUCUCCCUUCAAAAUUGUUUCAGAUUGCUUGAGAAUCAAGGUGGUGACAAUGUGGCGGUUUCAUUGCUAAAUCAUCAUCUUUUCUUGAUAUUGAAAGCCAGAAUUUUAAGGUUACCAUUAAUGUUGCACUAUUUCUUGGUGAAGUAUGACAGCAAUGAUGUACACACUGUGAUUAUAGUCACUGUAAUUAUAGUCUGUUCAAUCCUCAGAUUGUUGAGUAAUUUUUAUCAGGAACUUUCUUGUAUCCCUUCUGUCAUGCCGAGAUUAGUUGUUUUUAUACCUGCUAAUGGAAUUCCAGAUUGGUUCAGAUACCAGACUACGAACACGUCAUUAGCCAUUCAGCUGCCUCCAAAUUGGUACAAUGAUUAUACAUUCUUAGGAUUGGCAAUCUGUGCUACUUUAGAAAUCCAAGAGCAUCCAGGACCAGAACAAAGAAAAGAUGUCCAACGGCUUCCACCAGUUUUGCCAUAUAUUUCAAGUCCCUCAGGAUGUGAUUACAAAUGUCAAUUUGUAUUGUUUUCUGCUGAUAGAGAGUGCUUAAUUUUGGGCAAAGAAUCUCCCUUGAAUGGAGACAGAUUGGCUCUAUCGAAUCAUUUGUGGCUUUUCUUUAUACCAUUUGAUGAAUUCUUCCAAAAGAGGAAAUGGAGUCAUGUUGAGGCUUACUUUAGGCUUGAAGGUUCAGGUCUUCAGUUCAAAAAGUGUGGGGUUCGCGCUGUACACUUAAAAGAUGUGAAAUUCACUGAAUCAGUGUUUCUUGGCCUAAAUGAGGCUCAGUUCAAAGUUGUUACCCGCCUACUUAAGCAGGUUCUUCAAACAACAGCUUUUGGAAAUGGAGGUAACUCUUUUGUUGAGGAGCAAGAUGGUACUGAGAUGAACAAAUAUUCAGUUGAUUCCAUGAUUGAACUCAAGACAUACAACAGAUAAGAACAAAAUGCAGGUACCUUAUCUUUUCUCCAGUUUGAUUAUUCGACAUUAGACAUAGUUGAUCGAUCAUCCAAUAAGGGAACUGUGUAGCCCUGGCACAUCUAGCCACUUGCAAAGUUUCCUGUGGGCAUGUCAAGGAUGUGUUGUUUAUCUAUUCUCUAGGACAAGACAAUUGCAUAAUAAACAAUAAAACCACUGUAAUAUUUCCAGGAGACUUGGUUUUCAGUUUUUUGUAGCUUAUGUUUGAUGAACAGGUUAAACAAAACCAUCUUCAGAGUUUCUGUCGCCA